GUUCGGUCUCCUCGAAUUAUCUUGUUCAUAGUAAAGCUGCUUUAUGUAACCUUUUCACCACGGUCUUCUUGUGAUCUCUGCCUUUCUUUAAAUCUUUGGAUUCUGAUUCUUCCUCUGCCUUGUGUUAUAAAUAACCUGCAACUCAAGCAAGUAGCUAGAGUCGCAAGCAAAAACCAAACUCCAACUCCCGCUUUGGUUUCAGGAACCUCCUUCAUUUUCUUGAAGAGAGCUAAAACCAAGAAGAAAAUGGACAAGGUUCUGAGAAUGUCAUCGGAAAAAGGAGUGGUUAUAUUCAGCAAGAGCUCGUGUUGCUUAUCCUACGCGGUUCAAGUCCUCUUCCAAGAUCUUGGGGUUAGCCCUAAGAUCCACGAGAUCGACAAGGACCCCGAAUGCCGAGAGAUCGAGAAGGCACUGAUGAGGCUAGGAUGUUCAAAGCCAGUUCCAGCCGUCUUCAUUGGUGGUAAGCUCGUUGGUUCCACCAACGAAAUCAUGUCCAUGCACCUAAGCAGCUCCUUGGUUCCCUUAGUGAAGCCAUAUCUAUGUUAAAAGUUAUAGGUCGGAAUGUAUUUCAAUAAGGAAACAAAUGUGAGCCAAAUCUUUGUAAUGUGUUUUAGUAAUUAUAUUGGCUGUGUAAUCUUAAAAGUUAUAUAAAAUGUCUUUUCGUCCAAGAA